CUCUGGUGUUGAUGAUGAGGUGAUGGUGAUGUGUGAGCAUGGCCAGCCGGCGAAGAGGCAUGUUUGCUUCGAAGGGAUUAGCACUGGGAGGAGGUUCAUUGCCUGUGGACUUGAUGAAGCAAGCAGUUGUGGUGUUGUUCAUUGGGUAGAUGAGGAGUGGCCAGAGCAUCUGCAGAAUGCUCUUCACAAACUAUGGCUUUUGUAUGAGGAUUGCCAGCGUGCUAAUAGGAUGGCAUGUCUGGAACAUUCAUCACUUGUCCACAAUCUCACAUCACAAAAGAACAAGCUACAGGAGACUUAUGAGAAGCUUGUUGAGGAUGUGAACAACCUACUUGAUACCCAGGACAAUAUUCCCAAGGAAAAUGAAGUCCAACAAGGUGAACAUGAGGAGAUCACUCCUCCUUUGGACAACAAUAUUUCAGCUUUGAAGGAACAGCUGGGUGCAAUGGAUGCUGAGAACAAAGAACUGAAGCAAAAGGUUGACCAGUUGAAGAGCAUUCAGGUUGCCCAAGGUAAUGUGAUUAGGAAUCUGAAGUUUGCUCAUUUGAAGGAGAAGGAAAAGUUGAGCACUGAGAGGAGGAAUUUGGAGUUUCACAUUGCUGAUCUUGUCAAAGCUAGUGACAAGAACAAGAGAAAGCUGAAGGACAUCAAGGAUAUUUGCGAUGAAGAGUGAUUUGUAAUCUGACCAUGUGGGUCAUUAUCUUAAGUUUCAAGCAUUGAACUAUGGCUUGUAAUGUGUGAACUAGUGGCAGUUUGCAGUAUUUGAAGUAGGGUGUAGCCUUGAACUAUGUCUUGUAAGCUUUGAACUAUGGUGUCAUGAUGUUAACUAUGUUGUUAACUA